GGGAAGUGGCCGCGCUGCGCGGGCGACUCGUUGGUCCCGGGGAAGAUGGUGGCGCCGGAGCCGGAGAGCUAGGGCGACUCCGGGCCGCGGCCGCCUGCUCGGCUUGGCGCCUGGGCCGGCCUGGAUGGACCCAGGCCCGACCUCUGCUCACGCUUCCUGGGACCAGUGCGCUCUCCUCUGCCCCACACCUGGUGGUGCGCUCCAGACAGCCGAGGGUCCUGCUCAAGUGAGCUGGUGACCGUCCUCAGGGUGUGGCGUGUGGCACAAUGGAUCUGGCUUACGUCUGCGAGUGGGGGAGAUGGCCCAAGAGCACCCACUGCCCAUCGGUGCCCCUGGCCUGUGCCUGGUCCUGCCGCAACCUCAUUGCCUUCACCACCGACCUCCGAAAUGAUGACCAGGACCUCACGCGCAUGAUCCACAUCCUCGAUACGGAGCACCCCUGGGAUGUGCACUCUGUCAACUCAGAGCACAGCGAGGCCAUCACCUGCCUGGAGUGGGACCAGUCAGGCUCCCGGCUCCUGUCGGCUGAUGCUGACGGGCAGAUCAAGUGCUGGAGCAUGGCAGACCACCUGGCCAACAGCUGGGAGAGCUCCGUGGGCAGCGUGGUGGAGGGGGACCCCAUCGUGGCCCUGUCGUGGCUGCACAAUGGCGUGAAGCUGGCGCUGCACGUGGAGAAGUCAGGCGCCUCCAGCUUUGGGGAGAAGUUCUCCAGAGUCAAGUUCUCGCCGUCGCUCACGCUGUUUGGCGGGAAGCCUAUGGAGGGCUGGAUCGCGGUGACGGUCAGCGGCCUGGUCACCGUGGCCCUGCUCAAGCCCAGCGGGCAGGUGCUGACGUCGACCGAGAGCCUGUGCCGGCUGCGCGGCCGCGUGGCCCUGGCGGACAUCGCCUUCACGGGCGGCGGCAACAUCGUGGUGGCCACGGCGGACGGCAGCAGCGCCUCCCCGGUGCAGUUCUAUAAGGUGUGCGUGAGCGUGGUCAGCGAGAAGUGCCGCAUCGACACCGAGAUCCUGCCCUCGCUCUUCAUGCGCUGCACCACCGACCUCACCCGCAAGGACAAGUUCCCCGCCAUCACCCACCUCAGGUUCCUGGCCCGCGACAUGUCCGAGCAGGUGCUCCUGUGCGCGUCCGGCCAGACGAGCAGCAUCGUGGAGUGCUGGUCUCUGCGGAAGGAGGGGCUCCCCGUGAACAACGUCUUCCAGCAGAUCUCCCCCGUGGUUGGUGACAAACAGCCCAUGAUCCUCAAGUGGCGGAUCCUGUCAGCCACCAACGACCUAGACCGCGUGUCCGCCGUGGCGCUGCCUAAGCUGCCCAUCUCGCUGACCAACACUGACCUGAAGGUGGCCAGUGACACUCAGUUCUACCCUGGCCUCGGGCUGGCGCUGGCCUUUCACGAUGGCAGCGUCCACAUCGUGCACCGGCUGUCACUGCAGAGCAUGGCCGUCUUCUACAGCUCUGCGGCCCCGCGCUCCUCGGAUGAGCCGGCCAUCAAGCGCCCUCGGACCACUGGCCCCGCUGUCCACUUCAAGGCCAUGCAGCUCUCCUGGACCUCUCUGGCCCUGGUUGGCAUCGACACCCACGGGAAGCUGAGCAUGCUUCGCAUCUCGCCGUCCAUGGGCCACGCGCUGGACAUGAGCCUGGCCCUGCGGCACCUGCUGUUCCUGCUGGAGUACUGCAUGGUCACCGGCUACGACUGGUGGGACACGCUGCUGCACGUGCGGCCCGGCAUGGUGCAGAGCCUGGUGGAGGGGCUGCACGAGGAGUACGCGCGCCAGAACGCCGCCCUGCAGCAGGUCCUGUCCACCCGGAUCCUGGCCAUGAAGGCCUCGCUGUGCAAGCUGUCGCCCUGCACGGUGGCCCGUGUGUGCGACUACCACGCCAAGCUCUUCCUUGUGGCCGUCAGCUCCACCCUCAAGUCCCUCUUGCGCCCCCACUUCCUCAACACACCCGACAAGAGUCCUGGUGACCGGCUGACCGAGGUCUGCACCAAGAUCACGGACGCUGACAUCGACAAGGUCAUGAUCAACCUCAAGACGGAGGAGUUCGUCCUGGACAUGAACACGCUCCAGGCGCUCCAGCAGCUGCUGCAGUGGGUGGGCGACUUCGUGCUCUACUUGCUGGCCAGCCUGCCCAACCAGGGCGCCCCGCUGCGGCCCGGACACAGCUUCCUCCGAGACGGCCCGUCGCUGGGGCUGCUGCGGGAGCUGCUGGUGGUCAUCCGCAUCUGGGGCCUGCUGAAGCCCGGCUGCCUGCCCGUGUACACGGCCACCUCGGAUACCCAGGACAGCCUGUCCCUGCUCUUCCGCCUGCUCACCAAGCUCUGGAUCUGCUGCCGCGACGAGGGCCCCGCGAGCGAGCCGGACGAGGCGCUGGUGGACGAGUGCUGCCUGCUGCCCAGCCAGCUGCUCGUGCCCAGCCUGGACUGGCUGCCCGUCAGCGACGGCCUCGCCAGCCGCCUGCAGCCCAAGCAGCCCCUGCGCCUGCAGUUUGGCUCGGCCCCGCCCCUGCCUCCCGGGCCGCCGGACGGCCUCGCCAGGGCGCCGGGCCAGCCCAAGAUCGACCACCUGCGGAGGCUGCACCUGGGAGCCUACCCCACGGAGGAGUGCAAGGCCUGCACCAGGUGUGGCUGUGUCACCAUGCUCCGGUCACCCAACAAGACCACGGCUGUCAAACAGUGGGAACAGCGCUGGAUCAAGAACUGCCUGUGUGGAGGGCUCUGGCGGCGGGUGCCGCUCAGCUACCCCUGACCGGUGCCCCCGGCCCUCCUGGCAGCCUUUACCGGGUGCGUUAACAAACAGGCAUCCUUGAAUCACGGCCUUCCGGGCCUCCGAAGCCAAGGUCGGUGCCCCGUCGCUGGACGGGGCCCGAAGCCACAAGUCAGUGCCUGUUGGCCCAGCGGGUGCUGCUUUUUGUCCCUCGGUGCCGCCCCCACUCCCAGGUCCCGGGAGGAGGGGCCUGUGGGUCUCACAGCCUCAGGCAGGACCACGGCCCACGUGCUGCCCUCCCUGGACCCCCAGGCCCCCUGCGGCCCCUCUGGAGGCCCCAGGUCCUGGCUCAGAGGGUCCAGGAUGGCCCAGCGUCUCUGUUCUUUGGAGCAUCCCCCAUGAACCUGUCCCGAGUCUGGGUGGGUGCCGCCAGUGACACCUGCCGAGGCACCCACCUCAGUGUCCACCCUGUCGCUGUCCACACAUACAGGCGGCCCUGACCUCUGCGGGCCCAAUAAAUGUCCUGCGUGUCA